CACCAGGUGAAUGUUUCAUCACAUAGGACUCAUCUCUGCUCCAGCAUUCUUGCUUUCUUUUCUCUCUGACAGGAUAGAGUGAACUCCCUUUCUGAAAAUGGAUAAGUUUCGGAUUAUGGUCCAGUUUUUGCAAGCCAACCAAGAGUCCUUUAUGAAUGGCAUCUGUGGGAUCAUGGCUCUGGCAAGUGCUCAAAUGUAUUCCUCUUUUGAGUUUACAUGCCCUUGCCUUCCAGCCUACAAUUAUGCGUAUGCAAUCGGAAUUCUAGUCGUGCCACCAAUAUGGUUCUUUUUACUUGGAUAUGUACUUAACAACAACAUAUCAGUGUUAACUGAAGAAUGGAAGAGACCGAUGGGCAAGCGCAGAAAAGAUCCAGCGGUUUUGCGCUACAUGUUCAGCUCCAUGACGCAGCGCGCUCUCAUCGCUCCAGUUGUAUGGGUAGCCGUAACUUUAAUGGAUGGCAAGAGCUUUUUGUGCGCUUUCAGUGCCACAGCGGAUUUAUCCGAGUUCCUCAACGACACCUAUAAAAGCUUAUCAAAAUAUGAGCUUCAGAAAUUACAAGCAAGGAUUCCAUGUGAAGACGUAUUUGAUGGGCAUGAUAUUAUCUCCAGAGAUGCGGCCACUAGGUAUAUUCGCUGUUUUUCACAGGCCUGUGGAUGGACCUUUUUAAUGAUAAUAACUAUAGUAGCCUUCUUGGUAAGAGCAAUAAGACCUUGUUUUAGUCAAGCCGCUUUUCUUAAAACCAAAUAUUGGUCACACUACAUUGAUACAGAGCGCAAACUAUUUGAUGAAAUGUGCAAAGAGCACGCCAAGAGCUUCGCUAAGGUCUGCAUACAGCAAUACUUCGAGAGCAUCAGUGGUGAAAUUGUUCCGCAACUUUCCCAACCCAUAAAGAAAGGGAAAGGUAAUAAAGAUGAUGAUGGGGAAAAACAGAAGAGUGACGAGGAGAAGCUUCUUGGGAUCCGUAAAGAAGACGACAUGAAUAAAGUCCUGUGGAACUGGCAUACAUGUAAACCCCCACUACUGGUAAAUAAACGUGCUGAAGAUAUGAAUGGACAUGCACGCUUGGAUACUCACAGCUUUUCUGAUGAGCGCCACACUCAGAAACCUAUGAAGAAAACAGCUGUGGCAUACUACUCCAAAGUCUGACUUAAUGUUUUAAUCUUACUAAUGAAGAAUUGAAUGAAGUGCUUUAGCAGUAUCACUGUCAAGAGAGUCCUGUUUUCAUAUCUCUGAGUCCUAUCUCAUUUAUAUUUAUUGCAUGUAACUUCCUGUUUUAUAUCCUCCAGAGACUUCAGUCGAUCUACUAUAUGUUGUUUGUUACCAUAAAUAAAUGAGAACAUAAAUAAUAGGAUAUCAUGGGCUUUUCUGUGAUACCGUAAAGUAACGUGUUAAAGGUGUGACCGUGGAUAAUAAUAGAGUGAUGAUGACGAUGUUAAUGAUGAAUAUGAC